AUGUUAGAGGCAAAAUUCGAGGAAGCUUCUCUUUUUAAGAGAAUCAUUGAUGGUUUCAAAGAUUGUGUUCAGUUGGUAAACUUUCAAUGUAAGGAAGAUGGUAUUAUCGCACAGGCCGUCGACGAUUCCCGUGUGUUGCUAGUUUCCCUAGAGAUUGGUAUUGAAGCUUUCCAAAACUAUAGAUGUGAUCACCCAGUCACAUUGGGAAUUGAUCUGACUUCUCUUUCCAAGAUUCUACGUUGUGGUAACAACUCGGAUACACUUACUCUUAUUGCGGAUGAUACACCAGAUACCGUUCUACUGCUAUUUGAGGACACAAAGAAGGAUCGUGUUGCUGAAUACUCGUUGAAAUUGAUGGAUAUUGAUGCUGCAUUCUUGAAAAUUGAGGAUUUGGCUUACGAUUGUACUUUAAUGAUGCCAUCUUCGGAAUUCUCCAAGAUUGUGCGCGACUUGAGUCAAUUGAGUGACUCUUUAAACAUUAUGAUUACAAAGGAGACUAUUAAAUUUGUCGCAGACGGUGAUAUUGGCUCUGGUUCCGUCAUUUUGAAACCUUUUGUCAAUAUGGACAAACCGGAGGAUAGUAUCAAGUUAGAGAUGGACCAACCCGUUGAUCUCACGUUUGGUUCCAAAUAUCUGCUUGACAUCGUCAAGGGUUCCGCACUAGCGGAAAAAGUAGGUAUCAGACUCUCCAGUGAAGCGCCUGCUCUUUUCCAAUUCGAUUUGAAGAGUGGUUAUUUGCAAUUCUUCCUUGCCCCAAAGUUUAAUGACGAAGAGUAA